GGCAUACGAACCUCGCCUCAGAAAUAACCGCGACGUCACGGAGUUAUGUCGGACGAACGAACGAACAUCUAUUCGACCUCGACGUAACAUUAAGUACCAAAUUUUUCGUGCUUACGAUGGGGCCCGAUUCAGUGAUAACCUGUGACAAUGUGGUGCGAUUAAUAUUCUGUUUUGUGCUUCUGUUCGCAUCAAAUGUUCAACAGAUAUGGUGUCAAAGCCCAUCAAAUGAAUUUGUACCGCAAGUUUCAGCGACUUGUAAAACCGGCCACAUGAACAUAAAAGUGGCGUUCAAUAGCAGUUUUCUUGGGGCAGUUCACGCCCGAGACUUUAGAACGCCCGCUUGCAUGGUUCACGGAGAUGGAACCAAUAUGGUCACGCUGGACAUCAACCUUCUGGCCACAAGAAACACCCCGGACUUUUGCGGCAUCCUCAUCAACAACAAAACCGAUGAACGUUCAGUACCUAUAGCGGUUAGAUUGCACAAAACCUUAGAAUUAGCCGAAGAUAAAUUCUACAUUAUAACUUGUGGUAAGGUUGGAUUCAGAAACGAUAACAACAAAACCUCGCUAGUUUCGCUAAGGUUAAUUGACGGAACAAGAAAAGUGAACCAAGCCGUUUAUGGUAGAAGAUACAGUCUAAGAGCGGAGCUUUCCGAACCAGAUGGAAGUCAUGGGUUUAGAGUUAAAUCCUGCUUUGCUUUUAGCAAAGCCAAUAGCAGCGUUAAUUUAAUCGAUGACAGAGGAUGUCCUGUAAAUCCCGAUGUAAUAACACCAUUUACUUACGACGAAGCAAAUAGUAGAGCCGACGCUGAGAUUCAGUCAAUAUUUAAAUUUCCUGAAGGAUCUCAAGUUCAUUUUCAAUGUGAAGUUGGAUUAUGCAAAGGAAAAUGCCCCGAACCGAUGUGUGGGGAUGGAACUCAAUCGAAAGCUUUGAUUACUGAUAGAGGGGAAUUAUUAGCGGCCACGAGCGUUUUCGUUUUAGAUCCGAGCGAAGCUCCUUUAGUUCAGGAACUUUACGAAGAUGAUGGAACGAUUCGUCCUUCGUGGUUGUUAUGGUUGUGUAUUGCUCUUGGUAUUUUAUUUUUAAUCAUGUUGAUCAUCAAUAUAUUUUUGUGUUCGGCGAUGACGUGUGCUUGCGCUCGAACUGAAAUUAUCGAGAAAGAACCCAGUAUUAUCGAAGAUUAUGACCCUUAUAGAUCUUGGCAUGGAAGUCAAUAUGGAUCUAGGUAUUCUUUAAAUGGAGCUCUUCAAAAUCCUAAAGGAUACACUUCAGGCGGAUCAACAAUGAAUUCAACAAGAUCUGUAUCAUCUCAUAGUGAUCAUUACGCAAUAGUCCAUUCCAGACCAGGAAGUAGAUAUAAGCAUAGAGGACCACCUUCGAAUAUCGGUAGUCAUUAUAGCGGAAAAUAAGUAUUUUUUUAUUAUAAAAUUAAACCACAUUACACUGCGACGAGGUGCUCAAUUACAUUCUCAAAAGAAAACAAUUAAUAAUAAUCACCUUUCCGUUCCUGUAAACUCGUUAAUUUAUUUAGACUCUAAAUUAUUAAAAUCGUUAAGAAUCAUUAAAUCGUUUUUGUAUUUAUUGAAACGAUUAUAACAUGAAAAAAAUUAUUAAUAAUUGACGUGAUGAUAAACCUAAAAAAAGUGAAUAUAAAUUUACCAAUUAUAUAAGUAUGAAUGAGAAUAACUUAACUUUAAUAUUUUGUUAUCUAACUUUAGGUAUGUAAUUGUAAAUAUAAAUAAUUUAAUAAUUAGCGUUUUUUAUGUAACAAAGCAGCAACAUGCAAACCAGUGUGCAUUUAUAACUCUAUAAAAGAGCUUGUUUAAAUAAUGUAAUAUAUGAUUCUGAACAAAAAAAAA